CCCAGAUAUAAUUUUCAACUGAGAAGAUUUGCUGUGUGUUGUGUGUUUCUAUUUUUAAAUUCAACUAUAUUCAUUACCCAGGUUUUAUUAUGGCAGUAUCUUGGACCGGUAAUAAAUUACCACACGGGACAAUGUCCACGCCAUAUGCAAAAGGAAUGAUAGUAAUAUCAGGGAGCUCCUGUAAGGAGCUUGCUGCUUCAGUCACAAGGCGUAUGGACGUCCCUCUCUCUCCAACUGACAUAAAGAAGGACUCGAGCAACGAGACUCACGUCGACAUCAAUGUCUCUGUGAGAGGAAAAGAUGUCUUCAUUAUUCAAACUGGUCAUGGAAAUCUUUCAUGCAAUGACCUCCUGAUGGAGCUGUUUAUUCUUACUUAUGCCUGCAGGACAUCUUCUGCAAGGAAAAUAAUUGGCGUGAUACCUUAUCUGCCAUACAGCACUCAUUGCAUAAUGAGAAGAAGAGGUUGUGUCACUGCUAAGCUCUUAGCAUCGAUGAUGGCAAAGUCAGGUCUCAGCCAUUUAGUGACUAUGGAUCUCUAUCAUAAAGAGAUCCAAGGAUUUUUUGACUUUCCUGUCGAUAAUCUAAGAUGUUCGCAGUUCCUCAUUCAAUACAUUACCAGUCAUAUACCAGACUAUAAGAAUGGAGUUGUUGUGGCUAGAUACCCUGGAGUUACAUUAAGAGCUACCUCGUUUGCUGAAAGGCUCAGACUCUCCCUUGCCGUUAUUCAUGGCGAAGUAAAAGAUCCACAUGACGGUCGUAAUUCUCCGCCUCCUGACGACCACACCCCACGAAGAAUACAAGUCGCACGUAAGGAGAAGCCUCCGUUAAAUAUAGUAGGAGAUGUUGAGGGCCACAACGCAUUUAUCAUUGAUGAUGUCAUUGAUGAAGUGGACAGUCUAAUAGCAGCUGCCCAGUGCAUCAAGAAAAGUGGAGCAAAGAAAAUAUUUGUCGUGGCGACACACGCUCCUCUCUCCGGGGAUAGCCCCAAGAAGCUACAAGAAUCCUGCAUCGAUCAGGCAAUUGUUACAAAUACUAUUCCUCAAGAGGAGAACUCAAAGAUAUGCACAAAGCUUCAAACCAUCGACAUAAGCGUGAUGUUAUCUGAAGCGAUCAGACGCAUCUAUCACGGCGAAUCAAUGUCUUAUUUAUUCAAAAACGUGCCACUGGAAGAUUAAAAUGUAUACUAUUUUAUGUGUGUAUGUGUCAGUUUUUGUCUUUUUCCAUCAGUUUAGCAAGUUUAUCUACACAAAACAUAACACAACAUUGUAUUAUAAUAAAUGUUCAUUAUCAUUGUGUCAUUAGUGUUAUUACUAUUAUAAUACUGUCAUUAUCGAGUUAAUUCAAAACCCUAAUUAAGUACUCACUGUGA